AUGUCGGGAAACCCGGGCCAGCCUGGUGCGAGCAACACCACCCCAGGCGCCCCUGGCGGCAGCGCAGGCGCGUCGGGAUCCUUUUCACAGCAGCAACAACAGCCUGCGACGACGACACCCGGCGCCGGCGGCGCCGCUCCUACCCCCACUCCCGUGAGCCAGACGCCCAUCCCGCCUCCGACGACUGCGACGCCGGCACCUGCGCCGGCACCGGCGACAGCGCCGAUGUCGAACCAGAAUCUCAACCAAAUUGUUACGGACUAUUUGUUGAAGCGCGGUUACACGCGGACCGAGACUAUCUUUCGGCAGGAGUCGUCUCAUUUAGGCCCUGAUGGUAGGCCUAUCCAUAACAAGGUGGACGACCUUGGCCCGCGAAAGUAUCUGAAGGCUUUCAACUUGUUGCGCGAGUGGGUCGAAAACAACCUUGAUAUUUACAAGUUCGAGUUGAACAAGCUUCUCUGGCCCGUGUUCGUCUACUCCUGGUUGGAGUUGGUCACGCAGAACUACUCCGAGGACGCCAAGAGCCUCCUCAACAACCUCAAGCCGUACUUCGAGAAUGUCCACUCUGACGAUUUGAAGACUUUCUCCACGAUCACUCUUGCCCUACACGCAAAGGAGAACCCUACCACCAAACUCUACCGGGAGAACAAAUACCGCAUUCCGCUUAACCAGCACAUCACCGGCAACCUCUUCCACUUCCUUGAGCGCGAGCGGGACAAUGGGGGUUCAGUCAUUCUGUACAUCCUUUCGACGUUCUGCCACUUGGACUCCACCGCCCGUGGACCCAUUGAGCCAUUCAGCUUCGAGGCCAUUUACCGCCGUAGCCAAAAUCUCGACAUCGAUGAGGUCGAUCUGCAGGAAGGAAUUCCUGGAGUCUUCACCGGCAUCUCGAACAGAGACCUGCUGGACAAGACUGUGCCUCUCAAGCUGGGCCCCCUGCCCAUGGAAGAGGAUCUCCGCGACGAUGUCAGAGCCGAGCUACAGGACGAAGACGCGCUGAACCCGCCGCCUGAGGGCCGAUCCACUCUGGUUGAGGAAUUCGAUCGCAAGAUCAAGCGCGAAGAGAGCGCAGACGGCCCUAACAGAGCCGAGCUCCCUCUCCCCCCGUCCCGCGCCCGAGAUGUUGUCAUGGAGAUGCAGAAGGUUAGAGAAAAUCGCGACCGUUUCAAGAUCGAGGGACGCACCGGCGGUGUUGGCGUUGCCGUCAGCGCAUGCAUGUUCACAUUCCACAACACCCUGGGAAGUGUAUCGUGCAUGGACUUCUCCAAAGACCACGAAAUGGUGGCCAUUGGCACCACCGACUCUUACAUUCGUGUGUGGCACCUCGAGGGCAAGCCUCUGAAGUCGAAGAGGGCGGACGAGAAGGACUUCAAGUUCAACAACCGCAAGUUGAUCGGUCACUCAGCCCAGGUGUUCUCCGUCUCCUUCUCCGACGCCAUUGCCAAGCUUGAUCAUGCGCCGUUUGGAGAAGAGGGCAAGGGCGAGAGCCCCAUUGAGACCAGCUCUAAACUGCUAUUGUCUUGCUCCGCCGAUGGCACUGUUCGUAUCUGGUCCUUGGAUAUCUGGGCUUGCGUCUGCGUGUACAAGGGCCACGAUGGUCCCGUCAUGAGAGCCGAGUGGGGGCCUCAUGGUCACUACUUCCUGACCGGCGGCUGGGACAAGACGGCGCGUGUCUGGAUGCAAGACCACGCGUCUGCGCAGCGCAUCCUUGUCGGUCAUGACUCCAGCAUCUCGGCAGUCGCAUGGCACCCUAACGGAACCUACGUAUUCUCAGCUUCGGACGAGACAGACAAGUCAAUUCGCAUGUGGUCUGUAAUCACUGGCCAGUGUGUCCGUGUCUUCACGGGCCAUACCGACUACAUUUCAGCUAUCGAGUGUGCGCCAAACGGCAAGAUCUUGGCCACUGCCGACAACAGCGGUAACAUCUUCUUCUGGGACAUACAGAAGGGCUCACGCAUCAAGCGGUCGCGCGGCCACGGCAAGGGCGGUAUCUGGUCUCUGAGCUUCAGCGUCGAAUCCAACGUCCUGGUUUCCGGCGGCCAAGACGGCACCGUCCGUGUCUGGGACGUCGAUCUCCCCGCGGAAGGCCACAAGGUUGUGCAACAGCAGCAGGGCGCGGCACCCACGCAGGAAGGAGGCGACACCAUUGUCGCGGCUACAGGACAGACGGAGCGACCUAACGCAAGCGGCCAGGGAGCCACCGGCAGCGGCUCCAACGCACCCAGCGGUGGCAAGAAGAAGGGCAAGGAGGUGAUGAUUACACCCGAUCAGAUCAGCGCGUUCCCGACCAAGAAGACGCCCGUCAUGAAGGUGCAGUUCACGCGCAUGAACCUGAUUGUGGCCGGUGGCUGCUACGAUCCCGAUCGCUAG